UCCACGGAAUUAGUCGGCUCCUGUGAAGGCAAACACCCAUUAUCAAGCUCUCACAGCCAGCUGCUCUCCAGCAAUGCCUCCAGACUUUGACACCAACAUGAAGUUCAAGUUCUCCAUCCUGGCGCUUCUUCUUGAAGUGAUUGUCAUUGUUUUGUAUGGGAUAUUUGUGGAAUAUGACAAAAAUCCUUCUGCUAUAGAGUUAUACCCACACUUUCAAGAUGUCCAUGUGAUGAUAUUUGUUGGAUUUGGUUUCCUGAUGACCUUUCUGAAGAAAUAUGGAUUCAGCAGUGUUGGUUUCAACAUGCUCAUUGCCGCCUUCGGUCUCCAGUGGGGAAUUCUUAUGCAAGGAUUUUGGCACAUGAAAGAAGGGAAAAUUCCUAUUAACAUCAAAAGCAUGAUAAAUGCAGACUUCAGUACAGCAACUGCUUUGAUUUCAUUUGGAGCACUCCUGGGGAAAACAAGUCCCAUUCAGAUGCUGAUCCUGACUCUUCUGGAGAUCACCAUCUUUGCAUGCAAUGAGCACCUAGUUACCGAAGUAUUCAAGGCCACAGAUGUUGGAGCUUCGAUGACUAUCCAUGCUUUUGGAGCUUAUUUUGGUUUGGCUGCAGCUUUCGUCUUGUACCGUCCUGGUCUGACAAACAAACAUGAAAAUGAUGAAUCCACCUAUCACUCAGACCUGUUUGCCAUGAUUGGUACCCUGUUCCUUUGGCUUUUUUGGCCCAGUUUUAACUCUGCCAUUGCAGAGGGCCCAGGAGCUCAGGCAACAGCCAUUAUCAACACUUACUACUCCUUGGCUGCCUGCACCAUCGUGACAUUCGCCCUCUCCAGCUUGGUGGAUAAAAGAGGCAAAUUCAGUAUGGUUCUCAUUCAAAAUGCCACCCUGGCAGGAGGAGUAGCAGUGGGUACCUGUGCUGACCUGGCAAUCCACCCUUUUUCUGCCAUGUUCAUCGGGGUCAUUGCUGGAAUUGUCUCUGUCCUUGGAUUCCAGUUCCUGACUCCUGUGAUGGCAUCCAAGCUGAAAAUUCAAGACACUUGUGGAGUUCAUAACUUACAUGGUUUACCUGGAAUUCUGGGGGGUGUUGCUGGCAUCAUUGUAACGGCAAUAAAAAGGGAAACGAGGGAGGGUCACCUGCUUACUCCUUCCAUCCAGACUGCUGCCCUGGGAAGUACACUUGCAAUUGCAAUGGUGGGAGGAGCACUCACAGGUGCUAUUCUAAAGCUGCCCUUCCUGGGACAAGUAUCUGACCAGAACUGCUUUGAUGACUCUGCUUAUUGGGAGGUUCCAGAGGAGGAGACUGUUCCCGAAAUUCACUCCAGCCACCGUGAUGAGCACAGCAGAUUUGAAGCUGCCAUGUAGAAAAAUAAUUAAUCUGCAAUGUUUGUCCUAAUGAUGCCCUUUUUUGUUUCUAAUG